AUGGCUGGACCGACGCGUUCACCUUCCCUGACCUACCACACUCUCUCGACUGUCAGUACACUUUGCGGGCCUCCGAACGGGCAUCGUCUGAAGUUCACUGUUGAUCCAGAACAUUUCAAAAUGGAAUCGGCUGACGAUGAAUGUGGCUGCGAGGAAUGUGACUGGUUGGAGAUUCGCGAUGGUCCUACGGAACACUCGCCGCUGAUUGGCCGGUACUGCAACAUCUACGCUCCAUCGACGAUCUACUCUACUGGCAAUUUCUUAUUCGUAAGAAUCCGUACUGACUCCUUCGCAGCGAGCAAUGGGUUCACGGCGGUCUACGAAUUAGCCUCCUGUGGUGGAACUGUUGUGCUACGGACCUGGUUCAAAUUAUUCGCUGACGUCUCCGAAUUACCCGGAUGUCUACCCACUUCGAAGUGA